AUGUGGCGCCGAUACUAUCGACAAUGGUAUUUCACUGUGCUAGCAACACUUCGUUCGUCUCACUUAUCAGUUGAUUUACUAGUGAAUAAAAAGCAGCCGUUGAUUAGUCGCGUAUACGGCUGGAUCAUUGAUCUCAAGCGUCGGAGAGAGCUGAGAAAUAUCCAACGCAUAGCUCCUCCUCAGAUCCCUGUGCUGAGCGUGGGAAAUGUCACCUUUGGUGGUACAGGAAAGACACCAUUUGUGCAGUUUCUGAUUGGAUAUGCGCUGAAAAAGGCACAUGGAGGUCAAGUGCCGAUGUUACUUAGUCGCGGAUACGGUGACGACGAGUGGCGAAUUCUGGCUAAGCAGUUCCCUGUCUGUCAGUUGGCACUUGGAGCAGAUCGUAUAAGGAUUGGAACAGCCAAAGUAGAUGAAAUGAUUGCACGAAAAAGAGCAUUAUUGAGCUGUGUCGUUGUGGAUGAUGGACUGCAGCAGUGGAAACUGGCAAAAGAUUUAGAGAUUAUCAUGGUAGAUGCUUUGUAUCCGUUUGGCAAUGGAUUGUUAAUUCCAUGCGGAAGUCUGCGAGAGCUGCCAUGCGAAGCAAUUAAACGGGCAGACAUUGUCAUUGUGCAUCAUGCAAACUUGGUUAAUAGCCUUGAUCUACAGCUGCUUGUAAGGACCUUAACGACAUUAGUGGAUCCGCAACGAGACUGUGUUAUUGCUACAUCGCAGAUGCAGAUAAUGGAAUUCCAAUCUGCAAAGGAAUUACUGUCAAGCAAAAGCAACAACUUCAAUCAUAAGCAUAUGUUUAAGUUUCCGUUCAAGGAUUGUUUGGCUAUGGUCAUUUGUGGCGUCGGUAAUCCUGACUCGGUCACAAAAAUGGUAGAAAAAGUAGCUCGCUGGACUCGAGUCGAAAUGAAAGCGUUUCCUGAUCAUCAUGCGUUCACCUCAAGAGAUGUGCGAGACAUAUUGCAAUGGGUGAGUGAGCUCAAUCGGCAAUGCCGCGAGGAUGUUGUUGUGGUGACGACUGAGAAAGAUUUUGCCCGGUCACCUGAGGCAAUGAAAUUUAUUGCUGCUAAGGUUGAGCUGCGAGUACUUAGGUGCGAGUUAAAAUUGCUGCACAAUCGUGAACAAGUAAAACAGCGUCUCGAUAGAUUAUUUGACACAUGA